AUCGUUCAUUAUAUCCUGCCAUUUUUUCGUCUAUCAUGAUGUCAUUAUAUCAUUCAUUUUCAUUUCGUCCCUGUCGUCGUAUCAUUAUAUCACUCGAUUCACUCUGUAUCUUUCAUUGUUCAUCUCACCUCUUGAAGCAUUUUCUUUCUUUUCUUUUUCUUUUUCCUUUUUUGUACCCCUCGGCUUCAACCAGUCCUUUUUCUUCUUAUCUUCCCCAGUACCCUUCUUACACUAAGCCAUCCCUUUUUUUUUCUCCUCUAUCAUCCUGUUUUUAUACUAAACCAUCCUUGUUUAUUUUUUUUUUCCCCUUCUCUUUUUUUGUCUUGCUCAGAAUCUUCUUAUCUCCAACCAUCUUUUUUUUCCCUCUCUUUUUUUGUCUUCUCCAAAAUCUUCUUACUUCCAACCAUCUUUUCUUACAUUCAACCAUCCUUUUUUCCCGAUUAUUCCCUUUUACGUCCAACCAUCUUUAUUUAUUUAUUUAUUUCUCUCUCUCUCUCUCUCUCUCUCUCUCUCUCUCUCUCUCUCUCUCUCUCUCUAGUCUUUCCUGUCAUUGUCAUUAAAUUAAACAUUUUAAAAAGUAGGUUUGGAGUUGGGACAUUGGUUCGAGUAAAUGGCAUUACCUUACUGGCAUUACAUUAAGAUAUUUGUCUUUUUUUUUCUUUUUAAUUAAACAUUAUUUUGAUAAACGUGAUA